AUGUCUAACAGCACUUCAGAAGCAAUACCAUUACGAAAUGGCACGGAAUUCAACAUUGAUAGGGCAAAAGCACAAACUUCCAGUCAUGAUGAAACUUUAUUACUUUCGCCUGCCGCUGCACAAAAACGUGUUGAAUCUCAGGAACGCACGCCAAAAGGGCAGAAAAUAGCAAAGCAGUUACUAAGCAACGGAAAGAAAGGAUUGAAAAAUGUAAAAAAACAAACCCAUGGAGGUCAAAUAGAAACCGAUGAGAAUAGUAAUAGUGUCCUGCGAUCUCCUACCCGAUAUCUUAUGAAACAACUUGUGACUACUUUGAGUCCCAAAUGGACUGAAAUUAAAAUAGAUGAAGAUCGACGAGUCAGUCGCUAUGGAAGACAUCAAAAGCAGAAGGAAAAUAUUGAUUAUGUCCCUGUUGAGCUGAUGCGAUACGUUGGAAAUUCACCUCAAAAAGCAAAAUCAAAAAUUGAGCAAAUAGAUCGUGGCUCUAACAAUUUGACAUCGCCUAUUCAGCAGGAAACGAGUGAGCUAAAUGAAUGCCUUGGAAUGAUGUUGCCUGCGGUAGAAAAGAGGGAUGAGCAGUUGCUGAGUAUGGAAGAAAUUCAAAUUAUUCACAUGGACGAGAGUUUCGAGGUGGGCAAAGUGGAAGAAAACGGAUUUUUAGACCUUGAUGCUAAUGCAAACGACAGUAAAAAUCAUAGCAUGCUGGAAUGUGUUGAUGCCGACAAUGCCUCGAUGGAUUUGAAUUGCAGGUACAAUGAAGGAGACAUAUGUUGGGGCUCACUAUCGAAGAAAAAACUCCACUGGCCAUGCAUCGUGCGCACAAGACCAAAGAAUAAGAACAGCAUGGGUAAUAGCGUUAAAAAACAAAUGGAAAUUGAAGUGAACUUUUUUAGUGAUAAGGGUUCAGCUUUGAUAGCUUCCAUAAAAGAAAACUGCAUGCUACCCUUCGAAGGAACAGACAAAUACUGCGAUAGCAUCAAAAACUUGGAGUUCGGGAAGGACAUGAGAAAAGCAAUAAGGUCCAAAAUGUCAAAGAUAUGGUACAGAGCCUGUGCAAUUGCAGAAGAAUUCACUGUAAUUCCCAUUGCGGAGCGUUUAAACAAAUUCGAUACAAAGGUGAGUCUGGAUAAGGCGCGUUUAAAUAUAUCAAAAAACCGUUCGCGGUUAGAAAAUGGUAGAAAAAUUCACGAUUCAACCCAAUCUGCUACACAACUGGGAUUUGCCAUAAAAAGAGAACGUUCUGAUUCGCCAGAAAGUCCGGCCUAUGAUGCACUUCCAAUUAUUUCUACAAUUCAUGAUCAAAAUGAAGCAAAAAAGAUGAAAAUCUCGACGUCUGCAAAACAAAACAAUCUGGAUGAAAAUGUAGAUCAUGAUAAUGAAACAUCUGUUCAUCAGGAUGCACAUGCUAUAAAAUCAACUUCUUUCAAUCAAAUCGAAUACAAUGAUGUUCUCAUGUUCUGCCGGAUUUAUCUAUUUGAUGGGCACACAAGUCGUGACGUCGAAGAAAAGCUACAACAAUAUGUGCAAAUGAUAUGUUGUCUUAAGCAAGAUCCAAGACGUGGUACUCAACGUACUGUCAGUCGACAACGAAUGCAAGUGUUGCGGAAGUCAUAUGAAAAAUUAGGCCUUCAAGAAUUGACAUUGAACAAUGGCAACAACGCCAGUUCAAAACUGUCGACUCCUCCGGUUCGUAUUAAAAAAGAAGAACAAAGUUUAGAAGAAAAGUUCAUCUAUCAGCUUGAUCGCAAAUAUCUAUUUAAAGGUGUUCAAAAAGGAUUUGUGUGUUUUAUUUGUAAUCGUCCUAAAAAUGUCACAAAAUGUACCAAGUGUCGUCGCCAUGUGCAUUUAGUAUGCUUGACAAACGAUCCUAUGCGACAUAUAACCAUGCAGCAGCUUAUUGCCGACAAGCGUUUUCUUUGUGAUGAAUGCUCUACACCAAAUGAUAAAAGCGUUUUAAGCUGGCAGAAAUGCUUCGUAUGCAAUGAUGAAAACGACGAAAUUAAAGCAGAAACGAAAUAUAAAUGCAUAGACAUCGCUUGUACUCACCAGUAUCAUAUCUCCUGUUUGCAGUUGUAUCCCCAGUAUCGUACGGUAAAAGAAAAAGUAAUUGUUUGUCCUUGUCACGUUUGCCAUACGUGUGUGUCAAAUAAUGCUAGAGGAACAGCGGAAGUGACGAAAGCUCCCUUAAUCCGCUGUAUCAAAUGUCCGGCUACAUAUCAUCCCGAUGAGGCGUGCGUACCGGCUGGAUCGGAAUUACUUACCACAUCUCAGUUGAUCUGCCCUAAGCAUAGCCUGGAACAAAUACCCUUGAAUGUUAAUUGGUGUUUUUUGUGCUGUAACGGAGGAGAUUUAAUUUGCUGCGAGACGUGUCCGAUAUCUUUCCAUCGACAAUGCCUUCCAGUCUCGCUACCAGAUGGAAAGUAUUCCUGCGAGGAAUGCGAAUCUGGAAGAAUGCCAUUAUAUAAUGAGAUAGUGGUUGCCAAAUACGGUCAGUUUCGCUGGUGGCCUGCAAUAACAGUACCUCCUCCAAAAAUUCCAGAAAAGAUGUUACUAUUGCAACAUAAUCCUUCCAGUAUAUGUGUGAAAUUUUUCGAUUCCCAUGAUAUGGCGUGGAUGAAUCGAAGGCGAAUGUAUCUAUAUAAAAAAGAAGACUCUGAAAAUUUGGGAAGAGAAAAAACAGGCAAUAUAGAAAAAAAAUAUCGUCGUGCAAUGAUCGAGGCAAUGCAAAUAUACAAGAUCUUAGAAACAAUGAAGAAGUCGCCUCAGUUGAACAGGAAACACAAUCAGAAAAACCCUACAAAGUAUGCAAAGAUUAUGGUGAAUCGUUAUAUUCCUCCUCUAAAACCACCGCUCGCUAGUCGACAGCAUGAUACGUCAGAAGACUACGUUUGUCACUGUAAACCGACAGAUGAUGAUCCCUGUGGUCCGACGUCAUCAUGUAUAAAUCGUGCAAUUAUGAUGGAAUGUAGUUCAAAUACUUGUCCGGCAAAGGAUCGCUGUUCAAACCAACGUUUUGCCAAGCGCAUUUAUCCUGCACUUGAAGUCCGUUAUUUUGUUGAUAAAGGAUUCGGCUUGGUUGCGCUUGAUGAUUUGCAAAGUGGUCAAUUCAUUAUUGAGUAUAUCGGCGAAGUAAUAAAUUCUCAGGAAUUUGAUCGACGCAUCAAGGCGAUGCAAUCGUCAAAAGAAGAGAAUUUUUAUUUCUUCACUGUUGAACCCGACAUGACGAUUGAUGCUGGUCCUAAAGGAAACGUGGCUCGAUUCAUAAAUCACUCUUGCGAGCCAAACUGUGAAACUCAGAAAUGGACGAUAGGAGAAUUGCGUGUCAUCGGCUUAUUUGCGAUAAAGGAUAUAAAAGCGGGUGAAGAAUUAACUUUCAACUAUAAUUUGGAAAGUUUGGGUAACAGCAAACGCAUUUGCUUGUGUGGAUCUGUUAAAUGUUCCGGUUAUAUUGGAGAAAAAUAUCGACCACCGAAGGAGGCAGUGUUGACCACUGUAAAUAAAAGGCGGCCUUCAAACAUUAAUAAGAAAACGGGAAAGAAUCAGAAAUCCAAAAAAGCUGGGCUUACUAAAAAAAGGAUAACACCAAGAUUGGUAAAGGCCAAGAAAAAUAUCCAGACUGUUAAUGAUGACUUAGAUAUAAUAUCUGAUCCCGGACCCGAGCAAGUAGACUUAUUGAAUUCGAGUGACCGUAUGCUACUUCCAAUUGGUAGCAUCAAAGCUGAGGUGGAAGACGAUGAUGGCUAAUGAU